AUCGCAAUAGUCUGUGAUCAGAUUCGUCGAGAAUCAUAUAGAGCAUAGAGCAUAUAGAUUAGUCAUUUUUCGAAAUUAAGUUUUGAGAAUAUAAUAUCUGUUUUUAUUUAAAUUACUACACCAUAUUUCGUAUAAAUUGAUGUAUUUAUUAAAAACGCGAUAUUUUGUCUCAUUGUAUUAACUUAGUUUUUGAUAAGUGAAAUUUUCGUCGAAACAUUAAGAUUUAAUACAAAUAAAAAUUUAAACAGCAGUCAUGGAUAACUACGAGAAUGCAACUGAGUUAUCAGAAAUUCAAUCAUUUUACAAUAAUACUACAGUUUUUUUAACUGGUGCAACUGGAUUCAUGGGAAAUUUAAUUCUAGAUAAAUUAAUAAGGACUUGUUCGGGAGUGAAAAAAAUUUAUAUUUUAAUCAGAGAGAAAAAAGGAAAAACUACAGAAGAAAGAUUUAAAGAACUCUUCGAUGAUCCUGUAUUUGAAUUAAUGAAAAAAGAAAAACCAAACUAUUUAGAAAAGAUCAGUGCGAUUAUCGGUGAUUGUACAUUACCAAAUUUAGGAAUUGAAGAAAAAUAUAUAGACAUUUUAAAAGAUGAAGUAAACAUAGUUAUACACUCAGCUGCUACUGUACGAUUUGACGAACAAUUAAGGAUAGCUGUCAAUAUUAAUAUAAUUGCCUUACAAGAUAUAUUGAAAAUUAGCCAAAAAAUUAAAAAAUUAAAAUCUUUUGUUCAUAUUUCAACUGCUUAUUCAAACUGUGCUGGAAGAGAAGUUGUGGAUGAAGUAUUUUAUAAACCACCUAUAACUGGAGAAAAAUUAUUACAGGUCGUCAAUAGUUUAGACGACGAUUAUAUCGAUAAAAUUACCCCUUCGUUACUAGGAGAAUGGCCAAAUACAUACGCGAUGACUAAAGCCAUUGCUGAGGCCGAAGUAGUGACUUAUGGCAAAGGGUUACCAGUUGGAAUUAUUAGACCAUCAAUGAUUAUUGCCACCGAUAUUGAACCUGUACCUGGAUGGAUCAACAAUGUCUAUGGACCAACAGGAGUUGUAGCAGCUACCGGCGUUGGCCUCAUGAAAUGCAUGUAUGCUGAUUCUAAUAAAAUAGCCGACAUCGUGCCUGGAGAUUACGUCAGCAAUGCUGUGUUAGCUUGUGCUUGGGAUAUUCACAAUCAAUGGGAAAAAAACAAUACAAUAAAUGCUGAUAAUUUAGAUCAAGAAACAUUUGAGCCACCUAUUUACAAUUUCGUAUCAUCAAGUGUUAACCCAUUGACAUGGGGAGAAUUUUCAAUGUUAAACAAGAAACACGGAUGUAAAGUGCCUUCUGUAAAAGCGAUUUCACCAGCUAUGUUGAGAUUAUCAAAAUUCAAAUUAGAAUACCAAAUUUUGUGUUUUAUUUUGCACAUUAUACCGGGAUUUAUAAUUGAUUCCUUAGCUAAACUUGUCGGAAGGAAACCUCUAUUACUGGAAGGAUAUAGAAAAAUGCAUAAAUUCUCGAGUGUUAUAUCUUACUUUAGUUUAAAAUCGUGGAAAUUCAACGAUAAUAAUACGAGAGCUUUGAUACAAAAGUUAUCAAAACUAGAUCAAAAACUUUUCAGAUUCGAUAUGACCAAACUGAGCUGGGAUGACUAUUUCAAAAAACACGUAUUAGGUAUUCGAAAGUAUAUUAUUAAAGAUCCAUUAGAAACAGUACCAGAAGGAAAAAAAAGGAAUCAAAGAUUAUACAUGGCUUACUACACAUUACUAUCCAUUUUAGCUGCAUUACUAUUGUUAAUAGUGUAUGGAAUUUUUUGUUUAUUUAUUUAAUAACAAAAUGUUUGUUAACUUUUGGAAUCUCAUCGUCAUACUGUUCACUGUACAGACAAAUCUUAUAAAUUAUUUAUCGUUCAA